AUGGGUAAGGUUCACGGCUCUCUCGCCCGUGCGGGUAAGGUCAAGGCGGCCACUCCUAAGGCAAGUCCCCCGUGCACCCAUCGCCACCGCGUCGAGCCCCAGGAGAAGAAGAAGAACCCCAAGGGCCGCGCCUACAAGCGUAUUCUCUACACUCGCCGUUUCGUGAACGUUACCAUGACCGGUGGCAAGCGCAAGGUACAUACCGACUGA